CCGAGCACUGUCGGUGCGAAGCUCCGUGCCUUCCUGCUGUUCCGUCCAGCCCGGCCAUGUCUGACCCGGCUCAGCAGCCUGCUCCCGGCGCUCCCGAAGGAGGGGCUCCCGAAGGAGGCGCUCCCGAGGGGGCAGCCCCCGGUGGGGGUCCCCCCGGGGCUCCCCCCAACCUGACCAGCAAUCGCCGCCUGCAGCAGACGCAGGCACAAGUGCAGGAGGUGGUUGAUAUAAUGUGUGUGAACGUAGACAAGGUGCUGCAGCGAGACGAGAAGCUGUCCGAGCUGGAUGACCGGGCAGACGCGCUGCAGGCCGGCGCCUCGGUGUUCGAGAGCAGCGCGGCCAAACUCAAAAGGAAGUACUGGUGGAAGAACUGCAAGAUGAUGAUCAUGAUGGGAGUGAUUGGUGCCCUUGUGGUGGUGGUGAUUGCAAUCUACUUUUUUACUUAAAUGUAGCUCCUUCAGUCUGCAACCUCCUGUCCCCUAUUACCUUGCCUGUCUCUUCUUGCCUCUGAGUUUUUCCUUUCCUUCCCUUUCACCUAGCUUCCUCAUUGAUUUCCUUAUUGGUUUUAAUUUAUCUUCUGUAUAGGACUCUGAGCUGCUUACUAAACAUAGGUAGCCUUUUCAAUAGCUGCUGCAGCUUUAGGGAGCAUCCUCUAAGUUUAGAGGAAAGGGAAGCUGAGGAAGAGUGGGUAGCUAUUUGCUCCUGCUCUUCUGCAGAGAACUUUUUGUGUUUAUUUUUGGGUGUAAGCUUGUCAAAUCAUGCCUGUGUGAACUUUAGCAAAAUAAGAAUGCCUUAACACAGUGCCUUUUGGGAUGAAGGACUGCAGCAUGUGAGAGCCUCUAGUGUUCUGCCUAAAAAGAGUGGCAGCAUGACUUGAGCUUUUCAUUGAGCUUCUGAAAAAAAAGCUAGUUUGUGUUGGCCAGUGGCUGUGAG